UCACAUGACUGUUAUUGUUAAUAGAUGCCGGCGUUUGGUCAGGUGAUUUGCUAUCACAGUUAGAUUUGGAGCGGUUAGAGAAUGGUCGUGUUAAUAUUUGUUAUUAUAUCCAGUUUACUGGUUUCUUAUACAGAUAGUAAACGACCUUCUACAACUUUAAGUGUAGAAUGUGGAGACCCUGUCAAGAAUACACCGGCUGUUAUAACUUAUGUUGGUGAUGCAGUGGCUGUUAUUGGUUAUGGUGCCUUACCCCCUCCUUGUCGGUUUAAAGAAGAUAUUUCUACAGCUAGUUUUAAACUAAAAGCUUAUUACCGUGCCACCAGUGGGUGCAAGUUUGUGCAAACGUCCGUAAAUAGAGCAAUAUAUGGCCUGAAAGUGGAAUCUCGACUAUUACAUGAAUUGUUCGAGGGUGCAGACGACGAGAAGUUUAUAAUAGAAUGUUCCUUUAUGAGAUAUAAAUCGAAUGUAUCAGUUGACGUUCCACUGAUCGAAAAAUAUAAACCAGCAGAGAUGAUUGUUGUACCGAGAGGAAUUGUGGCUGAAUCUGAUUUUGAAAUCUAUAUGAUGAGUGCUGUUGGUGGUUUUAGACUUCGAAGUGCUAUUCAGGUUCAUAGUUUGGUAAAAUUACAGACUCGCAUAACUCGUAAAAAUAAGGAAGUUGGAUAUAUGCCAUUAGAAUGUCUGGUAGAAUCGACGGAUGGAAAAAUCAAAAUUUUGGUUUUAGCUAGUGGAUGUGGUACAGGGUUUCCAUGGAAGAAAAACCAAGGCUUCCAAAUGAAUGGAAUUUAUGGCGAUAGCCCAAAGUUCCGAAUGUUCCGUAUAUCCAAACAGCAAGGCAUCAUAUUCAGAUGUAGCUUUGUAGUUUGUCAAGGUUCUUGUAAUGGUAGUUCUUGUGCUGCGGCUAGUAAAACACGUCGUCGUCGUCGAAGAAGUGUAGAUGGUUUACAGUACAAUUCUUUAGGUCUACUCAGUGAUGGAAGCAGUGGAGUUUUACGCUCAGAUCUUGCUGUCAAAAUACCAGAUGAGGAGGAAACUGAUCUACUAGAAAUGGAAAAGAUUCCAGUUUAUGUUGCCGUCCUUUUCGUAACAGGAAUUGUGCUGAUAGCUGUUGUAGUUAUAACCGUUUCUGUUGUCACGACUAGGAAGAGGACGAACCCUCGUUGAUAGUAGAUUAAUGAAAUAAACUAGUUUGGGUUCA